GACUCAUUGCACCGUGAAACUUCUCCAGCUUUCUAGACCAGUCUCUCUCCCUCCAACUCCUCCUUUUUCUUCGGCUACCUAGCGAGCUAUCUCACCAUGUCAUUACUCUUCGCGAUCUCCGAUGGCCUCUCUAUCCGUUACCUCACAUUCUCCACUGUCCUCAUGGCCUCUCAAGAACAAGAAAAAGAACAGUACAAGUACCAUAGUUUCCGCUUUCAACAAAAACCCAUUUGGCCAAAAGACACACCUCUCGUUUUCUCUAUACUCUAAACCCAGUUCGAGAAAACCUCUCAGGUUCUGCACCAAUAUAGAUGAGCAAGAAACCCAACCUACUUCUUCUUCGGUUGCCGUAGUCUCCGAGAAGCCAACUAAAGACGAUGACCUCCAGAAGACUGAGUCGUCUGCAGGAGAAAUCGAGUUGGGCAAAGAGGGUGACGAUAAAGAGAAACAGCAAGAAAUUGACUGGAAGACGGACGAGGAGUUCAAGAAGUUCAUGGGCAAUCCUUCGAUCGAGGCGGCGAUAAAGCUGGAGAAGAAGAGGGCAGAUAGAAAGCUCAAGGAGCUUAAUAGGGAAAAUAGCGAUAACCCAGUUGUCGCGUUUUUCAAUAAAGUGGUGCGUGAUAGUUUGACUAGAGAGAAGGAGAGGUUGGAGAAAGCUGAGGAGACCUUCAAGGCUCUUGAUCUCAACAAGUUGAAGAGCUGCUUCGGGUUUGACACCUUUUUUGCAACUGAUGUUCGGCGUUUCGGAGAUGGGGGCAUCUUUAUUGGCAACUUAAGGAAGCCCAUCGAGGAAGUCAUUCCCAAACUGGAGAAGAAGCUAUCUGAAGCAGCCGGGAGGGAGGUAGUUUUAUGGUUAAUGGAAGAAAAAACCAAUGACAUUACGAAACAGGCUUGUGUGGUGCAACCCAAAGCAGAGAUGGACCUACAGUUUGAAGCAACCAAGCUAAGCACCCCAUGGGGUUAUGUCAGUGCAAUAGUCUUAUGUGUUACAACUUUUGGAACGAUAGCUCUGACAAGUGGCUUCUUCUUAAAACCUAAUGCUACACCUGAUGAUUAUUUGGCUGAUGUUGUGCCUCUCUUUGCUGGCUUCAUUACCAUUUUGGGAGUUUCUGAGAUAACCACAAGGGUAACUGCAGCUCGUUAUGGUGUCAAACUCAGCCCAUCUUUUCUCGUGCCAUCCAAUUGGACAGGGUGCUUGGGAGUGAUGAAUAACUAUGAAUCACUGCUUCCAAAUAAGAAAGCACUUUUUGAUAUUCCAGUGGCACGCACAGCGAGCGCAUAUUUGACAUCUCUUGUGCUUGCAAUUGCUGCGUUUGUUGCUGAUGGUAGCUUUAAUGGAGGCGACAAUGCUUUGUAUAUAAGACCACAAUUUUUCUAUAACAAUCCCUUGCUUUCUUUCAUCCAGUUUGUCAUCGGACCUUAUGCAGAUGACCUAGGUAACGUACUACCUUAUGCAGUGGAAGGUGUUGGAGUUCCUGUUGAUCCCCUUGCUUUUGCUGGGCUUUUAGGAAUGGUGGUAACUUCUUUGAACUUGUUGCCUUGUGGAAGAUUGGAAGGAGGACGAAUUGCUCAAGCUAUGUUCGGGAGAAGCACUGCUACGUUGCUAUCUUUUGCCACAUCUCUAUUGCUCGGGAUAGGUGGACUGAGUGGAAGUGUGCUGUGCUUGGCAUGGGGGUUAUUUGCAACCUUCUUCCGGGGUGGAGAUGAAAUACCUGCAAAAGAUGAGAUUACUCCUUUGGGAGAUGACCGCUAUGCUUGGGGGAUUGUCCUUGGACUAAUCUGUUUCCUGACUCUUCUCCCUAAUGGGGGAGGGACAUUUUCCAGCUCCUUCUUCGGUGCACCGUACUUCAGAGGUGACCUGUAAAAAUAGGUCGUAUUGCCGUCUGUGUAUGUAUAUGUUAGUUGUUCAUAUGUUUUAGACUUUAAUAAUACAUAAAAAGUAAUUAAAAGAAGCACCAUUUAUGAUGAUGGAUUGGAAAUUUGGAGGUGUUUCUACUUGUGUAA